AUGCAGAAGAAGCACAUCUUCAACAUCCUGAAGCAAUGCCCCAAUCUGAAGAGCUUGGAGCUACUGGACUGUCGCGCCUUGACCUUGAGCGGGUGGCCGCGCGAUGCGGUGGCGCUGCGCGAGGUGUAUCUCAAUGGAUGCAACUUCGUUACGAAUCAAGCGGCGAGCUCGCUGAUCAAAGUGUGCGGGAGUACGCUUGAGAAGGUGGUUCUUACUGAUGCAACUAGCUUAGACUCACAGAUUUUCAAGGACUUCGCCAGGCAUUCGAUGAAUCUGAGGGAGCUAACAAUAAGCGUUAGGCUUCGUGAUCUGCAAGAAUUCACUGGAGCGCUCUGGGGCUCAUUGAGCUGCUUGGAUUUAUCUUCGUGCCGUGGCAUAUCAUCGUUCCCGGAUUCUGUAAGCUUGCCCCAGCUCCAAGUGCUUAUACUGGAUAGGACCAAAAUCAAUGAUGAAGGUUUGAGAGCACUAUCUCGGGUUGCUCCAUCGUUGCGCUACCUUUCUCUUCAGGACUGUCGCGCCAUCUCCGACGAUGGAAUCACUUCAAUUGCGCCUUCAGAUGGCUCGGAAGGGUGUACAAGUCUUGAGCUUAUCGAUUUGAAGGGUACACAAGUGACAGACACAAGUCUAGAGGCGCUAGAAGCGCAGUGCCCUCGCCUGGACUUGGUGCGUGUUGACUCAUGCCGGUCUGUUUCCCGAAAGCUGAGGCGGAAGUACAACGAGCGUGUUCUGCGUAUUCUCGCCGGCACUAGGCUGAGCAAAUGUGAACGACUUUUCGCAGAGCGAAAGAAGAUCGAGAUGAUCCACCCUACUAAGAGCGAUAGCGAGGAUGACGUCGAGUCGGAAAGUGAUCAGGAUGAGGACGAGGACUAUGUCAUUGAAGUCCGACGCAGCGGCGCUUCGUACAGAAGACGACGAUAA